GUGACACAUACCUCAAUACAUCUGACAGCAUCUUAGAAGUUUACAAAACUGAAGUUGUCAAAUAGUUGAUUUUCUCCAUACCAGUAUAAUGCGGUUGAAGGUUACUUUGCAGAAAGAACCUAAACAUUCUGAACUGGUCAGCUGUGUGGGUUGGACGUCCCCGGAUGAGCUGUACUCUGCGGCUGACGAUCACGAGAUUCUGCGAUGGAACCUCCUCGGUUCGACCGAAACCUCGAAGGUGAUGACACUGCCCAAAGACUGCUUCCCAACAGGGAUGCACUGGCUUCCUAAAGUAGCUGCGGGUGGAACCAAGAAAGGCGGUUCCGAUCUGUUUGUUCUCACCUCUACAGAUGGCAAGUAUCAACUCAUCAACAGGACUGGCCGUGUAGAGAAGAAUGUAGAAGCUCACAAAGGAGCUGUACUAUGUGGAAGGUGGAACUCCGACGGCACGGCACUCGUUACUGGUGGUGAAGAUGGACAAGUCAAAGUCUGGUCACGUAGUGGAAUGCUUCGGUCCACUCUUACACAGAACAGCUUGCCAGUGUACACAGUGUGUUGGGGUUCAGAUAGCGAACACGUACUCUUCAGCAAUGGCAGACAGUUGGUCAUAAAGUCAUUACAAGCUAAUGCUAAGCCAACCAUGUGGAAGGCUCACGAAGGAAUUAUUCUGGUUAUUGACUGGAACCCGGUGAACAAUUUGAUACUAUCUGGAGGCGAGGACUGUAAAUACAAGAUUUGGGACACGUAUGGCAGACUGAUGUACAGUAGUGCUGCCCACGAUUACCCGAUUACCUCAGCGGCGUGGACACCGGAUGGGGAAAUGUUCGCAGUCGGGUCUUUUAACACCCUCCGAUUGUGUGACAGAAGUGGGUGGUCGUAUGGUUUGGAGAAACCAAACACAGGAAGCAUAUUCACCCUGUCAUGGUCCAGUGAUGGCACGCAAGUCGCAGGGGCUUGUGGGAAUGGUCAAGUUAUCAUAGGGAAUGUAAUAGAACGACGAAUAGAAUGGAAGAAUUUUGAAGGUACAGUGACUGCUAGUAAACAGAUAAAGAUUCGCAAUGUGUCGAACGAUGCAAUAGACAAACUGGACUUCCGAGACCGCGUGAUAAAACUGUCUCUGUCGUUCGGUCACCUCGUGGUGGCCACAUCCAGUCAGUGCUACAUCUACAGUACACGCAACUGGAACACACCCAUGAUAUUUGACCUGAAGGAGGGAAACGUCACUCUCAUCAAACAGGCUGAGAAACAUUUCUUGCUAGUGGACGGCAGUGGUGUUUACGUCUACUCGUAUGAUGGCCGCCUGGUGUGUACUCCACGCCACCAGGGGAUGAAGGCAGACACGAUCAACAUGCAGACGAUAUCCAUCAGCAACGACACAGUGGCCAUCAGGGAUAAAACAGACGAGAAAGUGAUCUACGUCUUUGAUGCCCAGACUGGGAAAAGCAUGGGAGAUGGAAAACCAAUCACUCACAAGUUGGAAGUGAUGGAGGUAGCUCUAGAUCAGUUCGGACCUGCUACAGAGCGGAGAAUUGCAAUUAUUGACAAAAACCAUGACCUUCAUCUGACCUCUGUACGCGUAUUUGGGACGGAAAGAAAAUUUAUCAAGUUGGGGACGAUGAUCCAGUGCGUUGCCUGGAAUGACACCACCAACAUGCUGUCGGCCAUGACGGAUGGCAAACUGAUGGUGUGGUACUACCCCAACGCCGCAUGGGUCGACCGAGAUCUGCUCAUGAAAACACUCAUUGAGAAAGAUACCAGCGAGUUCGGCAAGAAUCCCCAACUCUGCGGUUUCGUCGGCAACCACCUGAUUUUACGCCGCGCCGAGGGCUCACGAGUCAGCACUCUCAUCUCCCCGUAUCCCAGCAUUCUCCAUGGCUAUGUCAAUGGAGGACGCUGGCCUGAUGCUCUCCGUCUGUGUCGCUUCGUUAAGGAAGAAACGUUAUGGGCCUGCCUGGCUGCUAUGGCAACCUAUGCUAAGGAGCUCAUGACAGCGGAGGUGGCAUAUGCUGCAAUUAAAGAGCAUAAGUUGAUAGUUGGUGGUUAUGAAAGAGCCCUGGAGCUGGCUGUGAAGUUCAAGACACACGUUGACACGGUGAUUGGCCAUCGGGUGAAAUAUCUCCAACGCUUUGACAAGAAGGAGACAAACAAGAGAUUUCUGCAGUACCAGGAGGGGAUUGAGAUUGACUGGGAGAAGAUCCAGGCAAAGAUUGAUAUGGAAUACCAGAAGGAGAGAGAGCGGCCAACAGGGGGCACCAGCGUGCGGUCCACAAGCAAAGAUCGGGCUUAGUGGAAAUCACAUGUCUCAUCACGUUUAUUCAUCUCAUCACACUGAACAGCAAGUGUCUGAAGUGUUAUUUUCAAUAUAUGUCUUAAAACAGUCCACUCACAGAAACACAGGAAGUCUUAUAACCAUCUAUGGUGGUGUAUUAUGUUUUGUGUUGGUCCUAUGGAUAUUUAAAUCUGGAUUGUAUAGUUCUUUGAACAGUAUGCCCAGUUUGUUUAGGUAUUUCAUACAGCAAGUCAGGAAUUCUUUAGAUUAAAAAAAUAUGAUUGUGUUGUUACAUCAUAUAUGUGUUCACGGUACCUAUUUUUGUCAACAACCAGACAAGGUAGAGAGAGAUUGGAGAAUAGGAAAAUAUUUACGUAAUUGUUCUCGCCUCUUCGUAAUGUUUAGGAACAUGUUCCAAACAACAGGAUAGAGUUUCAAGUACAUGUUAUGUCUGACAAAAUACCUCGACAUUUUAAUAUAUGUCUUAAGGUUUAUAUAUAGAGUUUGUUUAUUGAGGUGUAAAGUGUCAUAGAUAACCACAAGACUUGACAUACAUGCACAUCAUGUAACAGACUUAUAAUAUGAGAUGAAUAACCUCCAUACUUGACAUGUGUGCAUCAUGUAACAGACUUAUAAUAUGAGAUGAAUAACCUCCAUACUUGACAUGUGUGCAUCAUGUAACAGACUUAUAAUAUGAGAUGAAUAACCUCCAUACUUGACAUGUGUGCAUCAUGUAACAGACUUAUAAUAUGAGAUGGAAAAACCUCCAUACUUGACAUGUGUGCAUCAUGUAACAGACUUAUAAUAUGAGAUGAAUAACCUCCAUACUUGACAUGUGUGCAUCAUGUAACAGACUUAUAAUAUGAGAUGGAAAAACCUCCAUACUUGACAUGUGUGCAUCAUGUAACAGACUUAUAAUAUGAGAUGAAUAACCUCCAUACUUGACAUGUGUGCAUCAUGUAACAGACUUAUAAUAUGAGAUGGAAAAACCUCCAUACUUGACAUGUGUGCAUCAUGUAACAGACUUAUAAUAUGAGAUGAAUAACCUCCAUACUUGACAUGUGUGCAUCAUGUAACAGACUUAUAAUAUGAGAUG